UACCCAGUCGGUUCCGUAACUACUCCCUCGCCAGCAAGACGUUAAAUUCAUUCGAAAUAAUUGUCCUUGUGCAUUCGAAACCGUCGAGUCACUCACCUUGGCCAUUUUUCUACCAUUGAACAAGUAGAUCGUCAAUAAUUCCAUUCAACAAAUCGAAAUAAUUCCGGCGAAUUGAGUGCAACGAGUGUGUGAUAUUCCGUUCAAUUAGUGUUAAAUAAAAAGUUGGGUGAAAACAAACGGUGAAAGUGCUGAAUUUAACGCGUGAUUUUCUCGUUUCCCCGCUAAUAAAGAUGAUGACAUAAUGGAUUUCAUUUGCGGGAGGAGAAUUAGCGAGGAUUAUUCGUCGACCGAUCGAAUUAUUCACUGAUAUUUGAACAUUCGAGUGGCCCCGAAGGACUUUCCCUCGAGAGAUCACAGUGAACAGCCACGAAAAUGACUGUGAUUAUGGACGAGACUAAUACCGUCAUUACGUGGCCAUCACGGUUGAAGAUUGGAGCUAAAUCUAAGAAAGAUCCACACAUAAAGGUCGCGGGUCGGGUGGAUGACGUGGGGGCCGCUAAGGAGAAGAUUAUGCAAAUAUUGGACACACGGCAAAGUAUGCGAGUAACGAUGAAGCUAGAUGUGAGUUAUACAGACCACUCUCACAUAAUCGGAAAGGGCGGUCUAACGAUAAAACGAGUGAUGGAAGAGACUGCGUGUCACAUUCAUUUUCCCGAUAGCAAUCGUAGCAAUCAUCAGGAGAAGAGCAAUCAAGUGUCCAUUGCUGGGGAGAUGGAGGGCGUGGAGAAAGCACGUGCACGUGUCAGGAACCUGACUCCACUGAUAUUCUCCUUCGAACUGCCGAUAAUGGGUGCCAUGCAGGGUCACCCGGACUCCACAUCCCCCUACAUCGUAAAAAUCCAGGAGAAGUACAAUGUCCAGGUGAUGUUUCGUACGAGACCAAAGCUCCACGCAACCCUGGUAGUUGUCAAGGGCUGCGAGUGGGAGGUUCUACAAGUCAAAGAGGCCACAGUCUUCCUCAUCCACCACAUGUGCAAGAAUCUCGCGAAUCAAAUUCAAGUGCAGAUGUCGAUGGAGAUAUCCCCCCAGCACCACAGCAUCGUGCUGGGAAAGCAGAGCAGCAACCUGAAGAUGAUAAUGCAGCGCACCUCGACCCAGAUAAUCUUCCCGGACGCAGGUGACCCCAACAUCCCGAGCCUGAAGAAGAGCAACGUGAUAAUAACAGGCGCCAUCAACAACGUCUACAUGGCUCGCCAGCAGCUGCUGGGUUCCCUGCCCCUGGUCCUCAUGUUCGACCUCCCCGAGACCUCCCGCCAGUCGGUGGACACCGAGACAAUCUCCCAGCUCAUGCAGACCCUCGACGUCUUCAUAAACGUCCUCCACAAGCCCAAGCAGAGCAGUCUCUCAGUGAUAAUAAAAGGUGUCGAGCGCAAUGCCACCAGCAUUUACGAGGCACGAAGACAGCUGCUCUCCCUGGACGACGCCAAGAUCGUCGCCGAUAUCCCACCAACCUACAACAUCCCCAACUCCCCCAACGUCUUCCAGAGCACCCUCAACGGAAGCCUCGUGUCCGACAAAUUCACCAAUUUCCUCACCAUAAACACUCAGUCCCCCUCGCCCUACUGCGUCUCCCCUCUUCCCCAUUCACCGAAUCCGAUCAACAUGUCCCCCCACUGGGGCCUCCCACCCAUCCCCUCGAUGUUCUCACCCCUGAUGCACCAUCCCUUCGCAUUUCCAAACGCCAAUGCCCAGUUGCUGGCCGCUCGUCACGCCAUGCAGGCCAACAUUCUCAGCCAGCAGCAGGCGCAGAUGAAUCUCCCUGGGCAGAACCUCCUGGGGAUCGCGCAGAGUCAUCCCCCAGGGUUUCCCCCCAACUCCCACUACGGCUCCAAUAGUUGCAGUCUCGGCCCCAAGUCAGGCAGUGACGGCAAGGACACGAGCGCUUACUUGUCCUUGAGCAGUGCCUCCAGCACUCUGUCUAGUCCUGCUGUCAGCCCCAGGAACAUCUCCCCCAUCGGCUCAUCCCACACCGAUUUGUCGCAGAGUAGAGACCUCUCGGCGAUGCUCUCCGACCUCUCCAUGGGCGAGAAAAAGGGAUUCAAUCCCUCCGCACAUCUCACAGCUUACGAUUACGAGCAGAAGAAGAUCCUCGCGAUGAAGGCCAUGAAGAGUAAACCCAAUCCCAAUGAGUACAGGGUACCCACCCCCACGUGGGCUGGGUAUGGACUCAGCCAGACCAUGCCCACACUCAGCCCCAGUGAGAGUCAGAAGGCGAGGGAUGCCUCUGACCUCUGGGAUGACCCCAGCACACCUCUCGUUUAUGCCCCUUCCAUGAAGUUCGAGGGCGAGGGCGAGGGCGAGUGCCCCACACCCAUCGCCAUGACCUCUACGUACUUGGAUCACACACCGAGGAGUCGACUCGAGAAGAUUCUCAAUGGGAGUCACACGGAUUUGGCUAGUGCUAUGAUCAAUGCAGGCCUGGACAAAAAGUGGAUCGAUAUGCUAUCGUCCCAUGAAAUCGACAUGUCGACUUUUGUAUCAUUGACUGAGGAGGAUUUAAUGGAUAUUGGAGUCACUGCUUGGGGGGCUAGACGCAAAAUGAUGCUUCUCAUUGCUGAAUUGAAGAAACGUACAAAACCAUUCUCCGGGAGUGCAGCACCAGGAGCUGAACGUAGGGCUUCCCUGACGAUUCCCUCCGCGCCGAAUGGCAACAGCGUAGAAGGAAAAUGGUAGAGGAAAAGACUUCAAACUAUCUAAAUAAGUUGAAAAAUUGAUUAAAAAACGAAUAGAGAGACAUAUCAACGCGAGGGGCGAUAAAAGCCGAGGGAGUCUAUUAUUUUUGGGAGAAUCUUCAAUAACACUGCAUGCUUUAUUUAUUGAGAGCCCAGGGGAAAAGCAAGUUCAUGCUGAUUUUUUUUUCUUUUUUUUUUCUUCAUUUUUCCUUCGCUUUCAGAACUCCCUCGUGAAAUCGAGCGUUUGAUAUCUCAUUUUUUAAUGAAUAAUAGCAGUAAAUUGUUGUGAACGAGGUCGCUGCAUCCCUCAGAGGUUCGUUACACACGUCAUUGCUGGCAAUUACGUGAACGUGUGCCAAUGAAUUAAAAAAAAAAUUCUUCGAGAGAUGAACCAAUCAAUUGUCACUCAACUGAACGAAAAUUAAUUCACUCUCUAUCUGUGAUGAUUUACGAUCAUAAUGAUUUAGGCACUCUAAAGACUUAAUGAAAAAUGAAAAAAAAAUAUUAAAAUUACGGAAAAAUGAAAAAAAACUUGACGGGUGGGGGAAAAGGGCGUCAUUGAUGUGGAUGAAUGCAUGCAGCGGCUUCUCAUAUUUAUUGAGAAUAAAAACGAUGGAUGUUGAGACUAAGCUCGAAGACCAACUGCGAGAAUCGUUGAAUCAAUGAUAAUGGCCGUUUUCGAGUUUUAUAUUUACAGAUAACGAUAUAUUAUUUAUUACUAAUAAGGAGGACGCUGGAUGCACGUCCUGGGGCGAUGAAAUUAAAUUUAUUAUCUGAUUUAUGCAAUUAUUAUUAUUUUUUUGAUAAAAUACGAAGUCAGUUCACCACUAGGUGGGGUAAAAUGGAACUUUUCGAGUGGUGAAAUAAUAAAAAAAAUCAUUUUCUAUUUUGCGAUUAGUUUU